GAGAGGGAGCGAGUGGAGCGAGCGAGAGGGAGCGAGCGGGCGGGAGAGCUCCGGAGGGCGCCUCCUGAGGUGGGGCUGCGCGAGGAAGGGCGGCGGCCAAGAUGAAGAUCCCGGAGACGAUGGCAGACCCACGACUCGCUUGCUGCCCCGCCCCCCGGCCCGCCCAGCGGCGCUCCUUCCCCGCGGCCGUCGCGGACCGCGCGCGGGUGACUACGACCAUGAGAACGUUCUGGGCCGCGUGGCUGGCGGUGCAGAGCGCCCUGCUGGUGGGCGCGCGCCCCGACCGAGCCCUGAGCCGCGUGGUCAACACCAAGUACGGCCGCGUCCAGGGCUUCAUCCAGCAGCACGCCAGCCACUCGCUGCCGCCCGUCGAGGUCUUCCUGGGCAUCCCGUACGCGUCGCCGCCCAGCGGGGAGGGCCGCUUCACGCCCACCAGCAGCCCGCUGCCGUGGGAGGACGUGCGCAAAUGCCUGGAGACGCCGCCCGUGUGCCCCCAGCCUCCCCUGGACCCUGACCCCAGCCUCGUGCCGCCCCUGAGGGCCGCCCACCUGGCAGCCAUCAAGCCGCUCCUGGAGAACCAGAGUGAGGACUGCCUGUACCUCAACAUCUACAGUCCCCACGACGGUGGCGGGAAGUACCCAGUGAUGGUGUACAUCCACGGGGAAGCCUUUACCUGGGGCUCCGGCAACCUGUACGACGGCGGCGUCCUAGCGUCGUAUGGACAGGUCACCGUCGUCACCAUGAACUACCGUCUUGGACCUCUGGGUUUCCUCAACACGAGUCCCAGCGGCAGCGGGCGGCGGGGCGUGGCAGGCAACCAGGGGCUCCUCGACCAGCUGGCCGCCAUCUCGUGGGUCAGCGAGAACAUCGUGCACUUCGGGGGCGACCCUGAGCGCGUGACCCUGUUCGGGCACUCGGCGGGGGCCGCCUGCAUCAACUACCUGGUGGUGUCGCCGGUCAACGCGGGCGUGCUCCGCCGCGUGCUCCUGAUGUCCGGGUCCGCGCUGAGCCCGUGGGCGGAGGUGCAGGACGCCCUCUCGGUCACGGCGCGCCUGGCCAAGCUCCUCAACUGCUCGCUGCCGACCAACCUGAGCGACCGCCACCCCGAGACCAUCGCCUGCCUCAGGAACGUCUCGGCGCAGGAGCUGGUCAUGGCGCAGGUGCCGCGCUACAAGUUCAACGCGGCGUUCGGGCCCAGCGUGGACGGCGUGGUGGUGCCCGAGGACUUCAAGACCAGACUCAACAGGGUGCUGAAAGGUCGACAACUCAGCGUAAUGUUCGGGGUCACAGAAGCGGACGGAUACAAUGACCUCUCGAGGAAGCAGGCGGAGGAGGGACUGGAUGUGCAGGAGAGGAACCGGAUGCUGAGGACUUACGUUAGGAAUAAUUACCACCACCACCUGCAGGAGAUUUACCUGGCCAUCACCAAAGAAUACACGGACUGGAGCAACCCCGCGCAGCAUCCGGUCCAGGUACGAGACCUAACUGCCGAAGCCCUGAGCGACGGGGGUUUCCUCGCGCCCUUGGCUCGCUUCGGGGAAACCAUCAGCGGCAGAGCGGACGCCUACAUGUAUGUCUUUGCGCAUCACGACAAGGACAUGCUGAGAAUGGGCAGCGUGUUCGGGUCGGAGGUCCCACUCGUGUUCGGUGCGCCUUUCAUGGAUGAACCUGGUCCUUGGAGAGGGAAUUAUACGAGGCAGGACGCCCUUGUGUCGGAAAUCAUCAUGAGGUAUUGGACUAACUUCGCCAAGACCGGGGAUCCCAACUUGCCCGAAGACGUUAAACUUUACUUAAGCCUCAAGGACCGUGGGAGGCAGAGAAACAUGACUUGGGAAACCUACGACUCCGUGUACGAAAAAUACCUCGAGAUAAGCUUCCGACCUCGCCAGAAGGACCACUACCGAGCGCACAAGGUGGCCCUCUGGAACUGGCUCAUCCCUGAGCUGGAGGAGGCCGGCGCGCAGUAUCCUGAAACGGACUCCGAGGCCUGGCACGCCUCCGAGGACCCCAAGCACUUCAUAGGUCCCGUCAGGCCGCUCGACCCCUUCAGGUUCCUGCACACGACGAAGACUCCUGCAACGACGGCGGCGACGGCGCUGCCGACGCCCAGCGACGAGUACCUCCCUCCGAACGUGAGCGCCGCGCAGGGCAGCCCCGUCAACGGCUCCUCGAGGCCGUCCGCCGGCCAGUUCCUCGACUACACGACGGCCCUGACGCUGACGGUGGCCAUCGGGCUGUCGCUGCUGGUGCUCAACGCCAUCCUGUUCGCCGCCCUCAUCUACCGCCGCGACCGCAACAGCCUCGGGCCCAAGAUGAAGUACGACAGCGCCUCCGCGCAGCCGCUGUGCACGGUGGACAGCGGCGUGCGUUCCGUGUCCACGCACGAGGCGCUGGCGUCGCCCUCCAAGGACGGCAAGUCGGCCUGCAGCGUCGACCUGCAGUGCACCGAGCUGCACACGUUCCCGACGCCGCCCGACAUCGGCGACAGGAACACCGAGGUCACGUUCCACACGAGCAACUCCAUGCACUCGCUCCUCUCGCAGCCCACGAGCCAGUUCAUCCCGCCGCCGCCCCUGCUCGCCACCACGCCGCCCACGCCGCCCGUGUCCACCCACGCCGACGUGCUGGAGACGGGCGCGUGUGCGGGCGCCCGCUGCUACAGCGACGUGUCCAACGGCCAGUACCCCGACAUGGUGAACGGCCAGUACCCAGCCGAUGUGACGCAGUACCCCGGCGAGAGGACGUACCCAGACCAGUACAGGGUACAGAGCCAGUGCGCAGGCGACCCUCCCUUGCCCGGAUACCCCCACGUCGACCUCCUCGUGCCCCUACCCCAACCAUCCGCAGUACUGCGGCCAGUACCCCGCCAGCGUGAGCCAGUACUCCUCCUCGACCGACCAGUAUUCCAUUUCCGGAAGCCAGUUCUCCAGUCCGGGCGCGUCCUGUCCGGCGACCUCGUGCCAGUUCUCGACGCCCGGAGGCCCGUGCCCCCCUCCGCAGCCGGCGUCCUACUCGGAGGAGCCGCAGGAGGUGAUCCUUCCGAGGACCAAUCGCAGCGCCACGCUCCAAAGAGCUUCCUCCUCCUCCUCCUCGACCUCCUCCAGGAAGCCCCAGCCCCCCCCUCGCAACUCAACGCUCCCCUCCUACGCCACGCUCCCGAGACAGAGCUCCAAGGACUCGCUCUCUCACAUCAACGCCUGAAGCGCCAAAGACCCUGGGCCGAGCGCUGCCGGCGACGUGAGAGGGCCUCGAGUGCGAGUCUGUCCGCGGAAGGCGAUGGGUUGCGCAGUUAAGAUGUUCCAUGUGUGGUUUAUGUGAUAAUCAAAGAUCUUUAAGGUGAUGCGGAGAGAAAGACGCUGCAUUUACUCUAUCGUUCAGUGAAAAGACAAGAGACGAGUACACAUGUUCCAGAAUAAUUUUUCGUCAGCUACUGUAAGAGCAGUUCAAAAUAAGCAAGGUUAAAAAGAGAGAGGAAUCGCCGAUUAUUGUUUUCUUAAUCGUGCUUUUUUCAUAUCGCUUGAUUCUUAUUUUAUUGUAUGGGCAAAAACGAAUUCGUGCGGGAUUUAAGGAACACUAUACAUGUCACUUAUGUUCAUAUCAGAUGUUUUUAUUUUUUGUCGCUUUUGAAACUGGAAACACUUGGCAAUAUCAGAAAAAAUAACUUGGUAAAAUCUGCUUCGUUUAUAUCUAAUCUUGAUUUGGUGUUAAAGAUGUGUAACUUCUAAAAACGGUCGUGACAGAACGAUUUUUCUAAAGGUUUUCGUAACUUGAUGUAUCUCGCCGUAUUUUCCAGCCUAAAAGCCGUUUGAAUUUGAAACCUACAGUCUCUGUCUGACCUGAAAAAGAGAGAAAAAGUUGUGUGGGUUUUCAAGAACAGAAAUGAGAGGCUGAGAUUACGCACAUUUCGUAAUUAUAAACUACGUAAACCUCAGGUUUUCCACUUGAAGUGAAUGAACUCUUCAAGCACAUCUUGACACUUUUUUCGAUCCUCUAAGUUGGGAUUGGAUCCCAUAAAUGUGAACUUUUAUUCUUCUUUCAUUUUUGCCUUUCUCAAAUUAGAUGACAAUUUCUUAAAUGCUUUACUGAUUUCUAUUGAUGUUUGGCUACUGGUUCUGACUCAUGGAAUUUGGAAACCAGUAAGAAUACAUUGUGCUUUGUAUGAUUAUUGUAUUUUUUACGUCAUAUAUGUCGUGUAGCCAUGUACAUGAAUCAGAUCAAUGAGCAACUUGAAGAAAUAAUUUCAGACAAUUUAGUGAAUGGAAAAAUGCUAAACAGAUCAUUUACAGCAAAUCUUUCUGCCUGUGAUUGAAACAAGGAUUUCUUUGGUGCAGAAAACGACGAAAAAAAACUUUUAAUCUUAGUGUAAGGGAAAAUUAUCUUGCUGUAUGUUAGUUGAACACAUCCUGUUGUCACGUGUUUGGUGACAACAGGAAAAUGGAUUUGAGAAUAAGUGACAAUAAUACGAGACGAUAGUGCAAUAAAAGUAACUCCACAGUCUGGUGAGUGCUACAUUGUGCAAUGAGAAAAAUAACUUUGUUUUCUUCUGACUUUGUGGACAAUUAAAAUCCCGAAUAGAUUUCAAAUUUUUUCGUGGAUUUACAUUCACAUUCAGUUCUAUGGCUGAAAUUUUUGGAUGUGCGUCACUAACCGGCUUUGUUAUAUUAAAAAACAAAUCAAAACUCUUUCUGUGUAGGUAUUUAAUAUAGUUAUAAGUUUCAUUGUUGGUGUUUCUAUUUUUGUUUAAGACAUAAAUCAGAGGGAAAAUCAGAUAGCUGUUACAUAAUUGUAAAAAAAAAAGAGAAAUGAAUAAACUAAAGUACAUCUGUGAGAGAUAUAAUGGAAAAGAAAAUAAUUUGCAUUCAGUUGAUACAUAUCGUUCUACAAAAUUGAUGCUAAAAUCAACUGAAAUAUUGUUGAAUGAGAAAUCGAACUGAGGUGGUUAAUAGAUGGUUAAAAAUGUCAAAUUAGUUGUUACGCGUAAAACAUAGGUCAUAUAGGAGAAACAGUUUCAUAGAUUUGCUACAAAAAUGUUGAUUUAUAAUGAAACUCGUAGAAGUUUUGAAGUUUAGUGGAGAAAAUAAAUAAUAAAAUAAACGUUAAAUAUUAGAACAAUGGCAUGAAGUUGUCCUCUCACUUUUGUGAUUUUAAUUCCGCUUUAUAUCAUAAGAAAGUAUAUUAUUAGAUUUUUUUGUCAUUAUUAUUUCUAUGUAUUUUCUUUUAUGCACGACGUUUAGGGAUGAUGAAAAAAUGUAAUGAUGUAAGUUAUAUAAUGUGGCUUCAGCGGUUCUAAAUUUUUACGACCACAUAAGAAUUAAAAAAACAAAAAACUUAUUUUUCAUUAUUCAUUUUUAAUAGUUUCUAUUAUAAUCAUCAUCCUUUAAGUACGUAAAAUAAUUGCAACUAAUCUCCCCUUCCCCUUCAUCCCCAUCGGAAAAGCGAAAAGGGAAAAUACAAAACGAUAGCGAGAUCCGUUCUGAAACCUAUGAUUUCCUGUAGUUCUCGUAGCCCCGUUUAAGCCGAAAGUAGCCCCGCCAACCCAUUGUAUGUUUAAGCCCGCGACACAGUAGAGCUUUUAAAGUUACAUUACACUUUGUAUUCUAUUUUGUCCACGUUAACUUCGCGUGUUGUCAACAAGGUUGUUUCAUGCUCAAUCCAAAUAACUGUGAGGUCAUGGCAGUGGUGUCAGGAAUAUAUUUUAUCUCGGAGAUUUGAAUGACUUUCAAAGUGGUGUGUGGAAUAUGAUGUACCAUCUUUUAUGUAAUAAAGUUUACACAAAAAU